GGCGGGGGCGUGAGGAGCUGCCGCGGACAGCUCUGCCGGAGCUCCCCUCGGAGGCUGCGCCGCGCCCUCUGGAGCCGGCGGCGAUGGCUUAACGGUAACGGCAGAGCCGGUCAGAAGAUGGACAGAAGGAGGAAGCGAUCUUCAAGAUGCCGGAGCGGGGAACCCGUGGGCUCGACAAGUUGAAGCUAAAAGUAAGACAAGGCCUGCAAAGGGAAGCUGGGAGCUAAAAGCGGCUCCUUGCUCGAAAGCCCUGGACAGGGCAAGGACACCCCCCAGCACCUGUGGAGCUAACGGUGUGCAGGGACAGAGCCUGUGGCACAGCAGCCAUUCAUCUGAACCCUUAUCGAAUGCUCCUACCUUGCUCUCUGACCCCUUUCCUAGCCUGUUUCUGCAUCGAUGCAUCGAAAGGCAUGGAUCCCAGCACAGAGCUGCCUGGUCCUCCCGUCUUGGCUGCUGCUUCAAUGUGUUUUCUUCGUUUAAUAAACGCCACCAAAAGCAUUGCUGUGGUGCUGUUCUAGAAGAAAGUAGGGAGAAUCCCCUAGCAGACCUCACCUUCAGCAGAGAGUCCUUCAGAAAUGGCACUGCCUCUGAAAAAUGCAAAGGGAACAGCACUAAAUCGUCAGAGUGGGGUGAUGCUGGCUGAGGUAUCCUGAAAGUAGGCAACAAUGAACUGGGAGCUGAGGUGCUCCCGAUUUUGAACUACAAGAAAGAAGUGGAUGAGUCAGUGAUGGCCAAGGCAUGGAACAGAUGGAAAUCCUCCAGCUUCUGCAUCCUCAUAGCAUUCUGCAGGAUGGUUCCCCCACCACCUGUCAACAAGCCCCACGUGUGCCUCUCCACCGUGCUCAUCAUGACCAGCCUCGUCCUCAUGGACGCCUACCUGGUGGAGCAGAGCCAGGGCUCCAGGAAGCUGGGCAUCUGUGUCAUGGUGGCAGUGGGUGAUGUGUGCUUCUUGCUGGUGCUCCGCUACAUGGCCAUCUGGGUCGGGGCAGAGGUAAAGACAGCUAAACGUGGCUAUGCCAUGAUCCUCUGGUUCCUAUAUGUCUUUGUUCUGGAGAUCAAAGUCUACUUUGUCUACCAGAACUACAAAGCUGACCGGAAAAGCCUGGAUCUCAUAGCCCGCAAAGCGCUGACCUUGUUGCUCUCCAUCUGCAUCCCAGCCCUCUACAUGCUGCUGGUGGCCACGGAGCACAUGGAGUACGUCAGGACAUUCAAGAAGAAGGAGGACCUCCGCAACCGCCUCUUCUGGGUCAUUGUGGAUGUGCUGGAUGUGCUGGACAUCCAGGCCAACCUGUGGGAGCCCCAGAAGAAGGGACUGCCGCUUUGGGCUGAGGGCAUCAUGUUCUUCUACUGCUACAUCUUGCUUCUGGUCCUCCCUUGCGUGUCCCUCUGUGAGAUCAGCAUGCAAGGGAUUGGCAUCAUGCCACACCGGAUGAUGCUGUACCCCAUGCUGAGCAUGCUCACUGUCAACAUCACUACUAUCUUCAUCCGAGGCAGCAACAUGAUCUUCUUCAGGGACGCCCGGGUCUCCAGCAUCUUCAUGAGCAAGAACAUGCUGGCCAUCGGGCUGAAGAUCUGCACGUUUGUGCAGUACCAGCGGCACCGGCAGCACAUGGCACUGGGGCCAGACACAGCCCCACAGCACAGCGCCCUGGCCCAGCCCUCCCCAGCACUGCACAGUGCCCGGGACCAGCCUGUCUGCCCCGAGGAGCUGACCCAGGGCAACACGUGACAAGCCCACAGGAGGCAUGGCCUGGGCACGACUAUGCCAGGAGCAUACCUGCCAACCCAAGACGGGCUGCUGAGCUUCCCGCCUGGACAAAGGGCACUGACUUUGCUCCUUCCCUCCCUGGGUGAAGCUGAUCCCAUCCCCACGUGGCAAGGAGCCCCUCAGAGCAGCUUCUGUAAGGCCUCAGAACAGUCUGGGACCUCAGCACCCACCAAGUGAGACAGGCACCAGAGCAGAGGAAGAGGCCAGGUUUGCCCAGCAUGCUGUGUCUGGCUGGGGCUGAGCCAGCCUUACCCUGAUGCCAGUGCUUCCCCCACACCCUCUGGCCAGCCAGGGCUCAGGCCAGGGGGCUGCACAGGGUCACCCACCACACUGUUGUGGUUGGACCUGGCCACUGGAGGUGACCACCCUUUUUCUUAUCUCCCUCUUUGCAAUAAAAGACCUGAGCCCUGCA